CGAUAAUCUGGGAGUUUCCUUACAAAACAAGUACAUAUUUGUCUCUAUUGUGGAUUUCCUGUUUCUCUCCUAAAACGCAGUCAUACGUCCCUUCCAAAGACGCGAACAUGGGCACAUUAAUAUUGAGAGGGUGGAAACUGUGCUGUGAUGGGAAUUUGUUUGAUUUCGAGCGCGUGUGGCAAUAAAACGGUGACACAUUUUUAUGCGUCGGUACAAGUUUUCCAGGACGUUCCCAGAACAGCAGACUGAAUAAAAACAGUGCGAAAAAUGUGAACAAAUGAAAUAUUUUUGGAGGGUUUUGACUCCCUGCACAGCUGUCCGGUCAUCAGCCAUAACUGUGUCUUUCUGUCGGCUUUUAACCUCUCUCUGGCCCCUCGGGAUCACAGUGAUGAUGGACAAUAAAUAAAGCUGGAGAUCAAAGCAGCUCUUGGCACCGUGUCAUUACUCCGACUCCAGCUCACCGCGGCCCCCGGCGCGCUGCAUACCUUUCCGGGCUGAGCAGAGCCGGGGAGGCGCUCCAAGCGGGCCAUCACCGGCUGAGGUGGGUGUGCGCUGCGGUCUGUAUUUAAGACCGGCUGAUGAAGAGUUUGACUACAUUCACUGGCAGCAUGGCGACCGACAACAAGGCUCCUCUGGGCUCCAUCGGGAACCCGAUCAAGUUUAAUGAUCAGGACUUCAAGACCCUGCUGGAAGAGUGUCUGAAGUCCGGCCAGCUGUUCCAGGACCCGACCUUUCCAGCUGAGCAGAAGUCCAUCGGUAUGCCGGAAGAUCCGGAUCCAAAAAAGGCGAUCAAGUGGCAGCGACCCAAGGAAAUCAGUAAGGAUGCUGUGUUUGUGGAGGGAACAACUGGAACCACCGAUAUCUGUCAGGGCCAACUGGGUAACUGCUGGCUGCUGGCGGCUCUGUCCUGUCUGACCAUGCACCCCACGCUCUUUGUGAAGGUGGUGCCAUCUGGCCAAAGUCUGGCCAAGCCUUACACAGGGAUCUUCCAUUUUAGGUUCUGGCAGUAUGGUGAGUGGGUGGAGGUGGUUGUGGAUGACAGGCUGCCAGUACGUGAAGGCCGUCUGCUCUUCAGCUACUCUCACACCCGCAACGAGUAUUGGAGCGCCCUGGUGGAGAAAGCCUAUGCCAAGUUAAUGGGCUCCUACGGAAGCCUGAAGGGGGGCAACAUAUCAGAGGGGAUGGAGGAUUUCACAGGAGGCAUUGCCUAUUCGAUGGAGGUCUCGUCUCGUACCCCUCGCGUCUUGUGGAGGUCUCUGACCGCUGCACUUUCUCGAGGCAGCCUGCUCAGCUGCUUCAUCCAGGCUAAGAGCUACCUUGAGGUCGGUAAAGUGUCAGGAAACGGACUGAUAAAGGGCCACGCGUAUGCCCUCACUGACACUGACAAGGUGACAAAAGCUUCAGAUGAGAUCUUGUUGCUGAGGCUGAGGAACCCCUGGGGUUUUGUCGAGUACAGUGGACCGUGGAGUGACAAGGGUAAAGAGUGGGAUGACGUGGACAAAGCAGAGAAGGAGAGGAUUGAGUUGAAAAAGACAGAAGAUGGAGAGUUCUGGAUCAGCUCUGAGGACUUCUCUAAGCUGUUUGACAUCGUAGAGCUCUGCAGUGUGAAUCCUGACAGCCUUGAGGAGGGAAACACACCUGCCUCUCCUUCCUCUGCCGCCUCCCCAUCCACCUGGACCAUCAGUGAACAUGAAGGAGUCUGGGUAUCGGGGAGCUCGGCCGGUGGUAGCCGCAGAUACAGAAAGUCGUUCUGGAAGAAUCCUCAGUUCCAGCUGGUUCUCACAGAGCAGGAUAAGGCAGAGGAUGACGAUGAUGACGAUGAUGCAGAUGAUGAUGAUGAUGAGGAGGAGGAGGAGGAGGAGAAGACCCCAGAGGAGAAGAAGAUAGCUGAGAAACAGAAGGAGAAAGCUAAAAAGUGCACCGUGCUGGUGGAGCUGCUGCAGAAGAACCGCAGGCAGAAGGAUAAAGUCCACUUCCUCUACAUCGGCUUCCACAUCUACAAGGUUCCUUCUGAGCUCCGGGGUGUGUGUCUGAGCAGCAACUUCUUCCGGAAAAAUCGCCCUGUGGGUCGCUCUGGGAAAUAUACGGCUCAGAGGGGCGUGUGGAGGAAGCUGCACCUGGAACCUGGUAACUACAUCCUCGUGGCGUCCACCUAUCGACCCAACCAACCCGGAGAGUUUUUUGUUCGCAUCUUCUCCAAGACUGGUAACACUCUGGGGACUCAGGACUUCACCUGCUCCUCUGGCUUCCUCCCGCUUAUGGCAGCACCCGUCCCACCAGAGGAUCACAUGAGAGUUCAGAAGACUUUUGAUGACGUGGCUGGUCCUGAUGACAGACUGAACGCCAAGGAGCUCAUGAUGCUGUUCAACUCAGUGCUCGACAAAGAUUACCAUCUGCCACUGGAGACGUGCAGACAGCUCAUCCUCGGAGAAGAUACUAAAGGGCGCUGGAGUCUGAGCCGUAAACAAACAGAAUCCCUGCUGUCCAGUCUGCGUAAUCUGCAGUCAGUCUUUUUCCAGUAUGAUGAGGAUUCCUCUGGCACCAUGAGCCCCUUUGAACUGAGCACAGCACUGCAAGCUGUUGGAAUGCAGCUUGACGGCAAGGUCGCCCAGCUGGUGUCUGAGAGGUUUGCAGCUGGAGAGAUUCACAUGCCAUUCUACAGCUUUGUGUCAUGUGUCACCCGGCUGCGCAAGCUCUUUGCUCUGUAUGAAUCAGAGACCAGUCAGGAGGUGAAAGACAGAGGGAUCAACUCUUGGCUGCUUCAGUUCCUGAUGCUGUGAAGACGAAGCUUCCCCAGCUGAGCCACAGCACACUGUUGAUUCGAAAGCAAACAUAACACACAUCAACUGUAUUUUAAAAAUGUUUAUCCAUGAGUGCCUUAUUACAUUUCAGCUAAAUAUUUGCUCUGCUAAUGUUUCAUCCUUGCUUCAUCUUGUACUAUUAUCAUAUUUUAUCUAAAUCCUUGAUAAACUGUAGAUUCAAGGUUCAGCUUUUAGUAGAGCUGUAACAAGUAGCUGAUAAAUCAUUGGUUCCAACUUCUUAAAUGUGAAGAUUUGCUGCGUUUCUUUAGGUCGAGUCUUUAGGUUCUGGAUUGUUGUUUGAACAAAAGAAGCAAUUUAAAAAUGGGAAUGUUUCUACUUCUUCUUCUUCUUCUUCUUUUUAUUGAGUAAACACUUAAUUAAUUGUUAUUAUGCUAUACAGAUUUGCAAAUUGAAAUGCAAUAUUCAUAUACUUUAAAUUGGAGAAGCAUAAAAUGGACAAUGAAAUAGAACAGAAUGUAUUAAAACUCUGGAGGGAAAAAAUAAAAUGAAAACUACGUGUAUACAUACAGAAACAUGUACAAUAUGUGCUAUAAUAAUAUACAGAAAGGAGCCUGACCGUCAUCUAGGUUUUUCAGGCCGAUGCUGAUACUGACUUUAGAAAUAACCCCAAGUAUCUUUUUCUGUACUAUAACCUCGAAAAACUAAAAGUUUUAAUAUCAGAGAACAUGUUGGCCAUUCGUGAUUCAUCGGUGAUGAGCCAAUAUUGACCAAAAAUACACGCUAACAAAUAUAUCAGUUUGGCUCUAAUGCAAAGUAUGCAGCGCCGUCACUUCAUUGUUAUGUAACACUGUCAUAUUACUCCACAUUGUAAUAAAACUGAUUUCAUGGA